UUAUGAAAUUUAUAUGCCAUGCUGUCUCCGAGAUUCCCGAAAAUGAGUUGAUCAUGCCUCUGCCAAUUCACAAUACUCUCCAUUUGGAUUGUAAACAAGGAGCUGUUCGGGCUGUUAGAUUUAAUGUUGACGGCAAUUAUUCUUUGACUUGCGGUAGCGAUAAGACGCUUAAAUUAUGGAAUCCCUUUACGGGAACUCUUCUGCAGUCGUAUUCGGGUCACGGAUAUGAAGUUUUAGAUGCCCAAGGAUCAUGUGACAAUGCACAGAUUGCCUCCGGGGGAAUGGACAAAUUGAUAUUUUUAUGGGACGUUGCAAAAUCGGUAGCAGUCAGAAAAUUCCGAGGCCAUGCAGGUCAAGUAAAUGCAGUUAAAUUCAAUGAAGAAUCGAGUGUCAUUCUGUCGGCUUCGUUGGACUGUACAGUUCGAGCUUGGGAUUGUAGAAGUCAUAGCAGAGAUCCAAUACAGAUAAUGGAUGAAGCGAAAGAUAACGUUACUUCUUUACAUGUGUCUGAUCACGAAAUAUUAACGGGCUCUCUGGAUCAACACGUACGAAGAUACGAUCUACGUAAAGGAGAAAUGUAUAGCGAUCAUUUAGGAAAAUCUGUCACUUGUGUUAAUUUUACUAAGGACGGUCAGUGCAUUUUGGUCAGUUGUUUAGAUAAUACAUUGAAACUUCUUGAUAAAGAAACUGGAGAAAUGCUAGCGGAAUAUACAGGCCACAAAAAUGAAGAAUAUCGAAUAGACAGUUGUCUAAAUGAAAAUGACGACCAUUUGUUUUCGGGAUCUGAAGAUGGAAUAAUUUAUUGCUGGGACUUAGUCGAAAGUAACAUCAAAGCAAAAUUGAGUCACGUCGGCAAAGUGGUACACUCCGUCUCGUCUCAUCCUUCCAAACCUUGUUUGAUCUCGGCAACAAAGAACUUAGUGUACGUAUGGGAGGAUACGCCUCGAGAAGAAGAGAAGGACGACUCUUAAUUUUUACAACAAAUGAAUUGGAUUGGAUGGAUGAUGAAGCAGUAAAGACAAUCAUCAUGCUGUUCUUUUCAAGUUUGAAUCUGGUAUUUGGGUUUGCCCCACACCACUUGACUGCUUUUUUGCAGAUCUGUCAUACCCAUGAUGAGCAUGAAACAAGGCCUAUCUUCUAUAGGCAUCUUAGUGCCUAUGGGAGGAGAACCUUUAGACACUAUAAUCUAUGCUCUCCACUCUUAUUGCCUGCAAGGAGGAUGAAGCUUUAAAAAGUUGUCAAGUAUAAUAAUAUAAUUUUGAAAAUAAAGAAAGUAUUUUAACAAAUUAUCUUGCCAAUUUUUAAUUUUCUAUGUAAAUAUCAUUGUAACUUUACUUUUAAGAAUAUGU